AUGGUAAACAUCGAAGAGACAAAGAAUCUGGCAGAAAAAGAAAGAAUAAAAGAAGACUCCCAUAUCUCGCAAAUUAAAAGAGCAAGACCAGAGUACAAGCUACCACAGCCUGGAGAAAUAAUUGGUGGAUAUAUUUUGAGUGAGAAGAUUGGACAAGGCAGCUUUGGCAUUGUAUUCGAGGGGCACGCCAUAGAAAGCACAAAGAAAGUGGCGAUUAAAAUAGAAAUAGCAUCGGAUGUAAGAUACUCCCAGCUGGAGAACGAGUACACCGUAUAUAAGAAGCUCAAUGGGGCAGAAGGGUUCCCAAGGAUUGAGUGCUUUGGACAGUCUGAGGCGUACAGACAUCUAGUCAUGGAAUAUCUUGGCAUGAGCAUUGAGGAUAUGCUGGCCAUCCGGAAUAGAACAUUCUGUGCAAAGACAAUAUUCAUUCUGGCGAAGAAAAUGAUCCAGCUUAUAAAGCAAAUGCACGACAUAGGAUAUGUCCACAGAGACUUAAAGCCAGAUAACUUCCUCAUUGGAAGGGACCCAAAGAAGAUCUACUUGAUUGACUUGGGGAUGGCAAAGGAUUUCAUAAAAUACGGCCAGCACAUAGCCACAUCCGGAGGAAAGAAACUCACAGGCACCCCGCGGUAUGCAUCAGUGAAUGCACACAAGGGAAAUGAGCUCAGCCGAAGGGAUGACUUAGAGUCAAUUGGCUACAUUAUUCUGUACCUGUGCAAGGGAAAACUUCCGUGGCAGGGCCUGAAGGAGUCAAAGCGGGAGAAGUGCCGGAUAAUCGGGGAAAUGAAGAAAAAUUUAAAGCUUGAAGAAGUCACAAAAGAUCUUCCUGGGGGAGCCAGUAUGAUUGAAUAUUUCAACUAUGUGAACACUUUGAACUUCGACACAGUGCCAGACUACCAGUAUUUAACAAGCCUUUUUGAUGACGCCCUGCAGAACCACGGCCUACUGGAUGAUGGCGUUUUUGAAUGGGAGCAUGUCUUUAAGGGGUACACAGAAAGCGUCUCAGAUGAUAGUUUAGAUGAAGAAAUAGUAAAAAAGAAGCCUUUCUGGAAGAGGGUUCUAAAGGCAUUUUGCUGUAUAUGA